AUGGCCUGGAACUGGCAAUGGGAACAGCAGGUGCUCCUUCUCGGCCUUACCUGGCUCUCCACAGGCUUGGGCUCUGCCCGGCACACACUGGGGAAGAAACUGCCUCCCAGAGCAUUCUCUCUGCUGGCUGUGUUCUUCAUUGCAGGCUGUUUCUCCGUUUUGGUGACUGUGCCAGAUACUGAGCGUUAUACAACUUUAUUUGCUUCUGUGACUCUCAGGUGUGACUACAGCACCUCUGGACAGCUACAGGAUGUGCUAGUUACCUGGCGCUUUAAGUCCUUUUGCAAGGAUCCCAUCUUUGAUUAUUAUUCUGUUGCCUAUCAGGCUGGCCUAGCUAUUGGCCAGGAUCCUUCCAAUGACUGUAAUGACAAUCAACGGGAAGUGCGCAUCGUAGCUCAGAAAAGAGGACAGAAUGAGCCUGUGCUGGGCAUUGAUUACCGGCAGCGGAAGAUCACAAUCCAAAACCGUGCAGAUCUUGUGAUCAACGAGGUGAUGUGGUGGGACAAUGGAGUCUAUUAUUGUGCUAUUGAGGCUCCAGGAGAUACAACUGGUGACCCGGAUAAAGAAGUGAAGCUUAUUGUUUUGCAUUGGCUGACUGUGAUAUUGAUUGUCCUGGGUGGCCUUCUGCUACUACUACUGAUUGCGGUGUGCUGGUGCCAGUGCUGUCCUCAGAAUUGCUGUUGCCAUGUCCGCUGUCCCUGCUGUCCAGACCGCUGUUGUUGCAAUGAGAAAGUACUGGAGCGUCACUACUUCAUGAAACAGGCUCAGCAGCUUCUGCCGUGGAUGAAGCAUCACUCUCAGUCUUCUACAUAUCAACUCAACCCACUCUUGCAGCGAGAUGUCUCUUUGCAGAGCAGUCAGCCACUGAUGCCUUCACUUGGCCAGGUGCCUGCUAACAACAAGGUCUUGGAACUCCUUGAGUCAGAGAUCAAAAACCUCAGCCUAUCCCAGCCUCUGCUGCCUUCUCAUCAUGUUGGGGGCAGUCAGAACCCUAGUAUACUGUCUUCUUUGGGCUCGGAGAUUGUGGAACGCAGGGUUAUCCACCUACCUCCCAUCGUUGAACACAUCCCUUCGUCUCAGAGGACCAGCAGUUCAUCACGUCCACAGCAGUCUAUACGGACUCCUAGGCCUCGGAGCAAUGCAAGUGAAGCAGAGAGGGAGGAGAGGAGAUGGAGGCGUCUUUCCUUGGAUGAAGUUUCCCAGUCCAACUAUGAUCAGGAGUCUUGGGACAGACAGCAAGACCAUAGAGUUGAAAGGCGGAGAAAUGGGAGUCAUCAUGAUAGGUCCCAGAAUUCCAGGCCAAAUGCGUCAUCCAUGUUGCAUGGUAGGAGCGAUCUCGAGGCCUAUCCUGCGGAUGCCAGAAGGGAGUACUCUGGCCGGCAGUACUCUGACCGAAGAAACGUGCAUUCAGGGAGGCGGGCCUAUCAGCACCUCAGUAGGAGGGACAGUGACUCUAAUCACCGGGGCCGCCGACAUCGCAGCUAUUCUCCACCAUCUCGUUGGGAUUCCUGGAGCUCAGUUGAUAACUACGAGCGCUUCCAGGAGAAUAGCAGGAGACAUCGCCAGCACCGUUCUCCAGAGUGGCCAGAAGAGAAACCCCCUAGUUAUCGUUCAAUAGAAAUCACUCCAACCAAAAGCAGCAAAUCCAGAUACCCUACGGAACAACAAUCGGAAAAAGGCAGCUCUCGCAGUGGUAGGAGUGUUGUCAUUUAGCCUCUUUGCUUCAGCACAGCAUCAAAUGAGGA